AGAAAAGUUACUUCCCCUUAAUGAGUUAACACCAUUUGUAUACAAUCAAAACAAAUUGUUCCAGACGUGAAUUCUUGUAAAUAGUACCUAAUGGCAAAUAAUAAACAGACCGUGAGAAAACUUUCUCCAAAGACUUUAUGUCCAAUAUGUAAGGACCUUGUGCUUGAAGAGAAGUUUCUACAGCACAUAAUGUUAUGUAAGAAGAACAAUGAUAGUUUGUGCUGUGUGACAUGUAAAAUGUAUUUCAAAAAGGAGAUUUACAGAAGUAAACAUAUGAAGAGAGUGCAUAGCACUGAAACUACCGAUAAGGAAACUCCAAGUACAAAUCAAGAGUGUUGUAAAAUUGGUGACGAAGAUUCUGAUUGGGAUCGGGAUCCUGACAUUGAAAUAUCUGAGGAAAAGACUGACAAUGUCAUAGAUCAACAGAAAGUGAAAGAAGAUUCAGAGGCAAUAAAAAUUGGAAGGUUAUAUAGGAAAAGAACACUACCUAAUCCGGUGAUAGCACCAGUCACUAGAAAGUGUCCGAAACUUGAUAAUGAUACAAAUCAAGAAAAUAAAUUGGACCCGACAUUGAAACCAAGCAAUUUAAUUGAAAAUCCUCAGGAAAUAGAUAAUUCAGGAAGCACAGGAAGUUCUGGUGAUUAUAUUAUUAAUGAUGAAGGCGAAAGUGAUAAUGAAUUAAAUUGUGAAGAUUCAGUAGAGGAUGAGGAGCAAAGUGAUGAAACUGAUAUAGAUACUAAGGAAGAUGAGGUACAAGAAAUUGACGAACCAUCAUCAGCAUUGCCUGAAAAUAGAGUAGCUCCAGCCGGGGAGAAAAUGUCCAUUGAGAUAGAGAAGGAGAAAUUAGAAAUAGAGAAGAAAAAGAUAGACUUAGAGACAGCUAAAUUUGAGUUUAAGAAGAAUAUGUUGACAAAACUAAUUGACAUCGUAUCAGACAUGUAGAGAGAGUAGGGAUAUGAUUUUAAAGGACAGGAAUGUUAUUUAAAAUGUGAUAUUAUUUUCUGUUAUUUUGUUGUAUAAGCGAGACGCUUGAUGCAUAAUAAAAAUUUAUUUGAUCUGUGAAAUUGAGUUUAUCAUGCGGGACGCAUGCCUUUCGGAGGCGUGGGUAAUGUAGCGAAUAUAGAAAAGUUACUUCCCCUUAAUGAGUUAACACCAUUUGUAUACAAUCAAAACAAACUGUUCCAGACGUGAAUUCUUGUAAAUAGUACCUGUAAGUUGAUAUCAAAUAUGUUUGAUGAUGUUUCUUGAUUUAAUUACCUUUUGCUUUUCAAUCUGGAGUUCUUAGAAGUUGUCGGUUAUGUUAUUAAUGUAUAAAAAGGUAAGAUUAUCUUUAUUUUGGCGAUGGUUCCCGAGUCAUGUAAUUAUAUACAAAAGUAACGCAUAUUGAAAAGGUAAGCAGUAGUUAAUAGAAGUAGAAGUAAUAUUCAAGCGUUUGCAAGAUAUGGAAGACACUAGAGGGCGCAAGCAGUCCCGAGCCAAUAUAUAAGGCAGGUGAAUGUGAGAAAUUGAGAGUUGGUGUUUUGGCAGCGUGUUGAACAGUCGACAAUCCUAAAUGCUAUACCUACUUUUUAUAUUCUUAGUUGCACAGUGCAUAGCGCUGUGAUAAGGCUGAGAAAUAUUAAGUAGAAAGAAAGCAAGGAUUAAAGAUUCAUAAAGGAAGAUUAAGAAUAAUUUUAUUAGUAGAGAAAUAGAGAACGAGAUAGAGGGAACGUAUAUAUAAAUAGUAUUUCAUGUAGGACAUUAAUUUGAUAAAUUGUUUAAUACGUAUAGAAAUUAUUAUUCGUUUUUCAAUUAAAAGACAAGGUAGUCUCGAGGAAAAUUAUAUCUAUAUAUUUAAUUCAAUUUGGUAAUUCAUGCACAUUUAUUAAGCAAUAUAAAUCAUUGGUCUUCAAUCAAAUAAUCAUAAGGCAAAGAAGCCAGAGGAAAAUUUUGUAUCAUACAGGUAUAAGCU